AUGGAUGCCGUGGCACUAUUUCGACUUACGCUGCUCAAGCCUGUUUUCGAUGAUGUUCAGGUGAUCGGUGAAGAGCUCAACAACUUCGGGAACCUCUUUGAUGCGAAAAUCCAAACACUCCUGAACAUCGCCAAGCACAUUCAUAUUCGAAAUCCAGAGCCGAAACCGGACGAGCUCGUCCAUCAACGAAGCCUCAGCCGGCAUCCCGCCUUCAAGCACCUGUUCUUUUACCGCCUCCUUGUUCUCUAUGAACAGGUUGAGACAUCUCCUGGCGCGGUCGCCGAUCCUUCCAUGGGGUUUGAUAAGCGCGUUAUAAGGCGCCUAAAGGCUGGGGUAGAGUUCAUUCGGGGCAAGAAAGGGCCGGCACCUCCCGUUCCUGAGGACUUGCUGGACUUACUACUCCGUGCCCUGCCCAAGAUAAGGCCGUUAACAAAUUUCUUAGAAACCAAGGUUGCUGCCAAAGACCAGAGGCGUGAUUAUCUCACCAACAUCCGAUCUUCGGCAAUGGCAUUGAGGAUAUAUCUGGGGACUAUCCGAGAUCGUGGUGAAGCGCAAACAUUACGAUACCCAUGUCUCGAGAAGCUAGCGGACUGCGCGUAUAAUUUCUCCAUGCAUCCCAUAAACUUCAUCCAACAGGGUCUGAUCAGCCAGUCGGGUUUCAACAGAGAAGAUGUUUGGAAGGAGCUGGAAUUUGAACUCGAACGUCUCGUGGAUAAACUCCAGAAAUACGGCGAGGAUGUGAAAAGCUACCGAAACCGGGAGAUAAAUGUUCGCGCUUGUCAGUCGGCAGAAGAGGUUUGCGACUUUGUCGAAGCUGUGCUACGCGCGGUGUCGUGCAAAUGUAGCACGCCACAGUUGAGGGAAGCCAGGCUUCAGGUCAGCACCUACCAGCGACUCAAAAGCGGGCGUCAGCAGGACGACAACGCUAUGACGAUGCCCGUGCUAUUUAAGAAUAGCCCGACUCCGGCAACGUAUGAAAAGGAUCGCUACUUCCGAGGCAAUGUCGCGUUGUACAGGGAAGGAUUGUCUCACGUCGGUGCCGCAGAGCGCUCCUUCGACAAUAACCACCUCCUCCACCAAGUCGACCUAAAGACCUUGUUCUCCAGGGACUCCGUUGCAUGGUCACCACUACCACAGCUGAUACUUGGCGUUCUACUUUCUUAUAGCCUCGUGUAUAUGUGCGGUGAGGAUAAGACGCACAACGUGUGGGGUCCACGCAAUAUCUUCCUCUUCCAGCAGGGCAAGGAGAUUCCAUUGCGAUUGUUCGUAGGGAAGCCAGCGCAGGCUAGGGUCGACCUACCGCACAGUGACUUGCUCCAGUUUCACGGGUAUCCGAGGGUGCUAGAGCUGGGAGCUAUUCUACUACAGAUACACCUUGGCCAGAAAAUCGAAACCUUUUUAGGGCUUAAGGAAGAUCUAAAGCUCGGCUACGACCUGCCGCGUCAGGAAUUAAACACUCUCUAUUUAAAAGUCACCCAGGCGUUCACAAAAGGCAAGGAUAGAAUCGAGUCUUUCGCGGCCAGAGAAGCUAUAGAUGUCUGCCUCUCUAAUUCAUGGCACCCCCAUCCUAACUAUCCUCUUACAAUUCAAGAAAUACGCAAUACCUUGCUGACCAAGGUUGUCCGACCAUUGGAAGAUGAACUUCGGAAAUGUUUCGGGAAUCAGAGCCUUGAGAGCUUGGAUAAGGAGGCUGAGAAGCAUAUGAUCACAUUGCACGAGCCCAUCGAGGCUCCUAUACCAAGCGGUACAAGGGGCCUUGAGAUGGGCUUACCACUAGCCUCUAACGCGGCGCCUUUGAAAGCUAACAAAAAGUAUAGACGCCACUCAAUGUGGAACGCUUGGCUUGAUGAGUUCAAGAUCUUCCGAGACGAAAUCCUACGGAGUGGUAUCGACUCCGACAAACACCGCCGCGUUCGCAUCACGAUCAUCGACACAGGUAUUGACGCGACUCACCCUCUCAUUAAAUCGGGCGGCUGGGAGUACGACGACCCCAACGCAGAAAAGCGUCUCUUUCGAGAUUUCGCCACCAAAAAUGGGCAGGCCAACGGUAGAGACCGAGGUGCUGAUCAGCCUGUCGACGAAGACGGCCACGGGACCUUUAUCGCGGGUAUUUUUAUGCAGAUGGUGCCAGGGGUAGAGUUGUCUGUCGCAAGGAUUGGUGAGACGCUGGAAACGAUUCGAUGCGAUGAUGAGAUUGGGGAGAAGCUUAGCCAAGCAAUAAUGUACGCAACGGAGAAGUGGAAAACGGACAUCAUCUCCAUUUCCCUCGGCACUGAUAGGGUACUAUCCAAGGUAGGCGACGCUCUCGAUUGCGCCUUGAAGAACGACGUUGUAGUCUUCGCAUCAGCAGGCAACUCGGGAAACAACAAGGGCAUCGCGUACCCGGCUAGCGCAGACCGAGUGUUCAAGAUAUUUGCUGUGACAGCAGACGGCCUGGCCGCAGGUUUUAGCCCCCGGUUCCUACAACGCCGUCCACUCUACCAACCUACAGUUACCACGCCCAUGGUUGCGAUAUUCUGUCGGCCUGGCCUAGCUACCUGGUUGAACAAGGCCGCACAGCUAAGUGCGAUGUCUUUUACGGCCCGGAAAACGGACUGGGUGUGGAUGGUGGAUGUCGCCGUUCCAUGUCGGGGACUUCCUUCGCUACCCCCAUUGCCGCAUCAGUAG